AUGAACCGAACCGAGUCACCGAUGCACCUGUCAUCCGGGAUUUGUGUCAUUGAUCACGGCCCUCCACUUUCGAUGAUCUGCAGGUUAAUAGGGCCAUGGAAACUGGCGCGUGACAACGCAAUGUUACGCUGUCCUGUUAAAAUACACUUCACAUACCUGUGUGUUGAGACAUGGGAUGUUGAGCCAGACCGCUGGCUCAUUGAAACAGUAUAUAUACCGGACAGAGCUCUAGCCAAUACAGAUCAUCCUCAACACUACAAUAUGAACACUUCGAUAUUCCUGGUGUUUGCUGCUCUGUACACCAACAGCGUGUACUGCAGCUACUACCACGGACCCACCGCCAAGCCUGUAGUCCUCCACAACGGCUACCUGGCAGACACCCAUGAGGUAGCAGCAGCCAAGAACGCUCAUCUCGCCGCUCUAGCCAAGGAAUCUCACUACGGAGGAGACUACGAAUACGGUCAUGGUCAUGAAUACAGUGGCUCUUAUGACGGCCAUCAUGGAGACAUCAGGUACCACGGUCCCACCGCCAUCCCACACGUCCUGCAUGACGGACACAUCGCAGACACUCACGAGGUGGCCGCUGCUAAGGCUGAGCAUUUCGCCGCCGUAGCCAAGGCCAAGGCUCACGGGGGCUUCGGUGACCACUACAGUGGCAGAUAUGCCUCAGACUACGGUGCUGACCAUGGACACUCCCAUCAUGUGACGCCUUACCAUGGACCCCUCGCCAAGCCCGUGGUGCUCAAGUCCGGAUACCUGGCAGACACUCACGAGGUCGCUGCUGCCAAGGACCAUCAUCUGGAGGCUCUGCAUAAGGCCAGUCAUCAUGGUCUUUACGAUUUUCAUUAUUAACUAAAGAGUAUUAAAUAAAUAUCUGUAUAAAAG